ACAUUGGAAUCGUGUCGCUGCGUUUGAGGGAAACAAGCUUAAAGCAAACUGGACAAAAAGUGCGAAUUUCGCAUGAAAAGUUCAAUAAACGCUUGGCAUUGACAUACUUCCAGGCUAAAAGCGAAAAGUGAAGCUGUUCCUGCUCAAGUGCAACGGCAAAUGCAUAUAUCGCUGUUUGUGCUGCUCAAUCAUCGUGAAAAUUAUUCAUUUUUUAAAUCAAUAUCGAGCGACGAGUAACGCCGAAUUGUGAAUUUUUCGUUAUGGCAACUGCAACAAGCUGCUUGCCUAGGACAACAGCUGUCGUCGCUACGGUUGCCGCCUCUGAUGCGGUCUCCAUUGCUUCAGGAGUGCCCACCAUGUUGUCGGACAUCGAUGCGCUGCCCUCGAUCAAGCUGGGCGACUUUACGCUACAGUUCGAGCUGGGAGACGCGACCCCAACGGCCAAGGAAGUCGCCACGCGGGAACUGCGCGAAUCUCCCGAGCGCCAAAAGCAGGCGACACAGGAACUAAAGCGAUUGCUCGAGGCUGAGGCCGAUCUGUACUGUCCCAAGGACAAUGAGGAGUGGCUGAUACGCUUCCUUCGGCCCUGCAAGUAUUAUCCAGAGAGUGCGCGCGACUUGAUCAAGCGCUACUACUCCUUUAAAGUGAAGCAUUCGGAUGUGUACAACAACUUAAAGCCCACACGGGAGGCCAACAUCUUUAAAAAUAAUAUACUCACCGUGUUCCCCAAUCGCGAUCAGCUCGGACGCCGCAUAUUGUUACUGGAGCUGGGCAAACGCUGGAAGCACAAGCAGGUCACGCUUGAUGAAGUCUUCAAGGGUGCCGUAAUUUUUCUGGAGGCCGCCAUGCUGGAGCCGGAGACGCAAAUCAAUGGGGCCGUUGUCAUUUUCGACAUGGACGGACUUAGUCUGCAGCAGACCUGGCAAUUUACGCCGCCGUUUGCAAAGCGCAUCGUUGACUGGCUGCAGGAGUCUGUGCCGCUGCGCGUCAAGGCGAUUCAUAUUGUGAACCAGCCCAAGAUUUUCAAUGUGGUCUUCGCACUCUUCAAGCCUUUUCUGCGGGAGAAACUGCGCAGUCGCAUCAUCUUCCAUGGCACCGAUCGCGACUCUCUGCACAAAUACAUGUCGCCAAAGUGCCUGCCAUCGUGCUAUGGAGGCAUCCUAGAGCUGCCCCGUAUCGACGGAGAUCAAUGGUAUGAGCUGCUGCUCAUGUGCGACGCGGAGUACGAAGCCAUCAACUCGUACGGCUACAAGAAGAAGUGAGUGGGACCCAGCGACCCGGCAAUAUGUACAGCAAGUGAUAUUCCCUCGUAUACCCGAAACUCAAAUAAUUAGCAUUAAGCAUAAUAUCUGUUAUACGCUUGUCCAGCCAACGCUUGCGAUAGUAGUUUCGUAGUGCUAGAGCCAUGAAGUUUGCCUUAGUCUUAAGCGAUCGUUUCGAUCAAAUCUGGCAGUAAGUGUUAUGCUAACAUAAUAAUCCACUUUAUAUAUAAAUGGGGGUAAGCGUAAUUAUAGUCUGUUAUUUCAUUACAUUAUUACUUACAUAGAUAAAAUACACAUAUAUAUAUAUAUUAAAAGUUGAAAAGUUAAAUGAAA